UUCAAAAUAUUACAUUAACAACAGACGCCUGGACUGAUAUCUUAAAUAGUAAAAGCUACUUAGGAGUUACUAUGCAUUUUAUACAAAAUUUGCAAUUAGUUUCUGUAGUAUUGGAUGUACAUCCGCUAUCUGAGCGACACACAGCUGACUAUUUAAGAGAAACCAUAACCAAAGUUCAAAAAUCUUGGAAUAUUUCCAAUUCUAAAGUUGUAUGUAUUGUUACGGAUGGUGGUGCAAACAUAGUAAAAGCAAGUAAUGAUCUUUUUGGAGAAUUACGACACUUACAUUGUUUUGCACAUAUGCUUAAUUUCAUUCCUCAAAGGGCAAUCUCAAAUGUUCCAAAAUUAGUUUUAUUGAUUAAAAAAGUAAAACAAAUAGUAACAUUUUUCAAGCAUAGUAUUACUGCUGCUGACAUGUUGACUAAAUGUCAACAUGGAGGAUGUAUUUUAAAAUUAAAGCAAGAAGUACCAACAAGAUGGAAUACAACAUAUUAUAUGAUGGAACGUUUCAAAAUAUUGGCUCCAAAAAUCUCUUCUGUUUUACUCGAAAUACCUAAUGGUCCUGAAAUGGUUUCAACAGCCGAAUUAAAUGAUAUAAAAGAUUUAUUGCAUCUAUUGCAGCCGUUUGAAAUAGUUACUAAAGAAGUGUUUGGACAAGAAUACAUAACUUCUAGUAAAGUUAUUCCUCUAGUGCACACAUUGGAAAAUAAAGUUGGAAAUUUAGAAGCUACUACAGAAAUAGGUCAAAAACUUCAAAUUAAACUUAAAAAAGAAAUUGAAAAACGUUUCCAAAAAAUCGAAUUUAUUCAAUUGUUAUCUAUCGCCACAUUAAUAGACCCAAGAUUCAAAACCAUUCAUUUCCAAAAACCUUUGGCUAAAUCAAAUGUGCUACAAAUAGUUAACAAAGAAAUAAGACAGAUGAUAUCUGCUGAAAAUGUUUACGUUUCCAACUCAAGGUUAAAUUCCGAAGAAAAUGUGAAUGAUAAUUUAGUGGACAAUAAUAGUGAUAUAUGGAAUUAUCACAAGAAGGUUAAAUAUCUAGCAUCAUCACAGAUACUUGAAAGUUCUAAUUCAACCAUGGAAGCAGAAUUUAAACAAUACUUAUAUUUACCAUUGAUAAAUAUAAAUAAUGAUGUUUUAGCUGUAUGGGAAUCAUACAAAACAGUAUUUCCUCAUUUAUAUGUUGUAGCUCAAAAAUACCUAUCAACAGUUUCAUCUUCCAUUCCUUCUGAACGGCUUUUUUCAAAAGCUGGAAACUUAAUAACGGAAAAAAGAAACCGUAUUUCUGAAAGUAGGAUUUCUAAGCUGUGUUUUUUACAAACAAUACCAGCAAUGUAUUGGGAUCUUUAAAAAUAUAUUUAUUAUUUUUAUAUGCUCAAG